AUGGUGGUACAGCAGCUCGACGCAUUUCCAGAAGUUGUGAUUUCGCUUCAAAGACUCUCGCUGUCCAACAGCACUAAACAAUCUCCUUCGGGGUCCAACGAGACAGACUAUGUCACAUGGCCCGCUCCAGAUGGAUGGUACACUCCGCCCCAAGGACCUAUGAAUGAGGGGGAAGAACCCUUCCUAGCGUUCCAAGAUCCAUCCAAAUCUCUUAUCAUCGAACGAACCCUGCUUCUGGACACCCUCCACGCGAGACGUCAUGAGCGAUCCCGAUUCGAAGCUCUCUUGUCCCGUGUUGCCCAUUCUGGCCACAUCAAACACGAUCAAGACCUGUCGCGAACACGAGCAUCGGUCCCAGAUAUACUCGCCCUUAGUAGGGAAUGCCGCGCUCAAAGAGGACUUGGUAACAAAGGCAAGUUACCUGGCUCGAAGGGGAUAAAUACUAACUAUUGCUCGAACAGCAAUGAACCUCAGCCAAGGGAUAUCUUAAAGGGGAAAAUGAAGAACCGCUGUGCGAAAGGAGUCCAGCAGGCCUUGAUCUAUGAAAAGGAAUUCGGCCUAGGUUUUCUCGACCGCACUGCUGAUGAAGGUGAGUCAGAGCGAGGCCGGACUAUGAAGCGUACACAUCCUGGCGCAUUCAAUCGAGCAAAGGUGGUCGCGGCUCUUACGAUGCUCCGUGAGACUUACCCAAGUGUUUACAAGGCUGGCCUUGUCGAACAGUUGAAGGCCUGCGAGGCUUCCGAGAAGACACCGAAGCAGAAAGUCACCGCGGCAAAGGCGAGUCAGCGAGCGACUUCACCAGGUAAGCAAACGUCUCUCGAUGGCAACGAGACUGAGGAAUUCUUGAAGCUUUCCAAAUUCACAGAUUCUUUCGCAUCAGUCAAGGACAAGGCUUCCUCAAUCCUUCGGGGUCUGGCGCGCAAAUUCUCAUGUGAAAAAAACGAUCUCUCAGGCCACACGUUUGAGCUUGACAGUUUCCCUGUUUUUCUGAAGAUCAACGACGAGAUUGAGCGAGUGGUUGAAUUGUCCAGAUCUGCUGACCCAGGGUCUGCUUCGUCUAAACCUGGUUGGACGCGAGCAGCCAAGGAGUUCGCGAUUGAUGCAGGAGCCAUAUUUCCAAAAGAAAGUGGAAUCUGCGGUGAACCAGCACAUAUAACUGCACCGGCUUCGGCCCAGGCACCGUGUGCUCAAGGCAAGGAGGCAGACCGGGUGACAACCGUCCGAAUGUGCCGACCGUUCACUUCCCCACGUAUGAUUUCGGUCAAGGUGAGCAAAAACCACGCAUAA